AUGGCACGCCUAGAGCCUCCAUCGCCAGGCUCGAGUAACGCUCUCAACAACUACGUUGGAGGUUCUUUCGAUGCUCUCCCAGAGCCUUCGAAGCGCCUUUUGCGUCAUUUUUCACAAUACACAGUCUGGGGUCAAAGGCCUGUGGUUCGAGAGCUGGAAUCUUCGGUAAUUCAAAAGUCCUUCGAGAACCCGGGAUACAUGCACAUGUGCCUCAUGCUUUCGGCUUGUCAGUGGGCAUGGGUCACAGGCUCCAUGGAUGAGGUCAGGAUCCCAUUUCUGUACCAUAAAGCAGCAACAUAUCAAUUCGCGAGAGAACAAAUCCAAAAUCCGGAACUAGCACAGAGCGGAGACACCAUGCUGGCUAUCUCUGCACUGGCAUUGACAGAGGGCGCGAUAGGUGAGUUGGACGCUUCUUCAAGACACUUGAAAGGAAUCCAGUCCGCAGUAAGGCAAUGGAACAGAGCAAUUGACCCUGUGCCAACACUACCCCAGAGGAUGCUCAAGAUGGUCGGAGACGGACUACGAACCGGAAAAGCAGGCCAGCUUGUCAAUGUGCCUGAAUACCAACCGACGUUUAUGGCUUUGCUAUUUGCCUCGAUAUGGGAUAUUACGGCGUUACCACCGCGCGAAGCUCCAAGAUAUGGUUGGUGGGAAGAUCUCGAAACACCCGCAGCCAGACUAUGGCAAAAUCAUACCAGGGACCUCAACCUCAACUAUGAGAUUUCUAGAGGAUUUAGCGCGGGCCAAUAUGUGCCGCGAAUUCUGAAUGGUGACCCAAAAAGUAGCCGGACGAGUUUCAUCGCUACCUUUUUCUACCUGUGCUCAGAGCUGGGCGACAGAUACUUUGACGUAACCAUGAUUGAUUGGCUUCUCGAACAGCUCAUCGACGAUGUAAACGCUGGUGAGGAGCACCUCAGAAUGAGUGAAUGGACACAGUCACUCUGGUUAUUUUGCGUACUGUUUGGUGCGUCCAUGGCCUUCACCGGCCGGGCGAACAACGUAAUUGAGCAGAGACAACUGGCCAGAUGGCGGGCUGUUUACGGCGACAAGAUGAAACUGGCCAGCCGAGAGUUGGGCAUCACAAGUUGGCAGUCAGCCCGGGCAAUGCUGGCCGCAGUGGUGGGAGAAAUAGACGGCGAAUUAGAAAGGGGCUUGGAGGAGUUAUGGAACGAGGGGAUAUCUGGAGAGACGUCGGCCGAUAACAGCACAAGUCCUGCGGUGAUAGAGCUGACAGAGUCGGAUUAG